GCAGAAUAUGCUAACGGAUCCCAAAAUGAGGUCCACGCUCGGUCUGAUGGGCAACGAUGAAACUGCCAUCAAGCGAGAACUGAUCGACCCACUGGAAGCUACCGUACACAGCAACCACCACCAUCAUCACCACAAUCUCCACCACCAACAUCCAUCGCUGGAGGAACGACUCGGAGGUCCGGGAAGCUGUCCUCCGGGCCGCCCGGGUGCGCUCCUGUAUCCUGCCCCAACCACACAAAACAAACAACCUCUGCAAGGAUUCGAUCAGAUCUGGGGUCCUUCGCGAUCAGAUAUGACCCAACGGCUUCACACGGCCGUCGGUGGGAUGAGCCAUUACUGGCCACCGUACGACAACCAACCCGCAUGUCCAACCCCAUCGACACCCGUAGAAUCUCCCCAUGAAGGUUCGUCCGGUCCGGACGGGCAGAUAUACACGCUUACCGUGCUUCAUGAAUCGCCCGAACAUGGGAUCGUUUGGUCGGACUCGAACGCACUCGAUUCCCCAGUGCCACUUGCUCCGGACAUUGGCGAACCGAACGCUUCGUACGAACCGACGGUGGAUUGCUUCAACUUCGACGCCACUAACUACGAUCUAGCCGAUUACUACACCGCCAAACCUUCAGUACAAUCGCACCAACAGCAGACGAACAACGUUCCGUUGAUGGAUUCGUCCUCCUCCUCAGCAGGUGGCCAUCCACCCCAACCCUCCACCACUGCCCUCAACCUACACAGCACGGUGGAAGGGCUACUCAACGAGAUACAGCUUUCGAGCUUUGGCGAGCGCAGUUCUCUUGUGUCGGGGUCGGACAUUGCUCUCCAAACAUCCGGCCACAGUCUCUACAACGAGCCCUCGUCGUACCUGUACGAUGGAUUCUCCGUAACCGAUAGUUCCUCCGCAACUUCGCACCACCACCAACAGGCCAUGCUUCCGUCGCUGUCCGAGUCAUCCACCACGCUCACAACACCGCCCAGCUCGAACCACACGCACGAGGGCAAGCUGGACACGAACAACAACAACAGCAGUAGCUGUUCACUCGCCGAACUUAACCCGCUGCCAUCGACGAACCCGCUCACCAGUGGACCAAGUUCAAGCAGUAGCUCUAGCAGCAGCUCCAGCAGUAGUAGCUCGAGCAGCGAUUCAACCGCAAACGGUGGCGGCGGUAGUGGCAGUAAUGGUGGACAGAAGCGUGGCCGCUCGCUUCACUACUGCUCGAUCUGCUCGAAAGCGUUCAAGGACAAAUACUCGGUCAAUGUGCACGUACGGGUGCACACGGGCGAGAAACCGUUCUCCUGCUAUCUGUGCGGGAAAAGCUUCCGACAGAAGGCACAUCUCGAGAAGCACUACCAGACGCACCUGCAUCAGAAGAAUCUUACCAAGCGGCCGAAGCCGAUCAAGGUGAAACAAGAGCAUCAGCAACAGCAGCAGCAACAGAUGCAUCAGCAGCAACUUCAACAACAGCAGCACCAGACGAUGGAACAGCAUCUUCAGCAGGAGCCCGAUGGAGGGCUGCUGCUGAGUCCGGUGAAAGUGAUAGGAAAUUGCUGA